CUAUUUGGUAUUAUACGUGUAUAGCCACCGUCCGCUGCCGAUCAACUCUCGCCGCGCCAGUUCCGAUCAGUCAGUCAGAGUCCGGUCGCCGAACGCAUUAGGCAAUACAUAUACCUAGCUGCAGGUAUCCUCCGCAGACAUAUUAUAAUAUUAUAUCGUUAUCGAUAUAAUAUCAAUAACCAAAACUCUAUACACGCACCGACAGUCGAUCACGUCAGUACGAUCGGCCGUCGUCGGUGGGAAUCGCGCGCGGACGUCAUUGACACAGUACGUCAUAAUAUACGUGCACAUAAUAUACCCAAUAUAUUUACUUAUCAUAAAUCUUCAGGUCCGUGACGUAUAGUCGUCUCCGCCCGGCGCAAUAUUUGAUAAGUCGAUAUCGUCGUCGUAUAUUAUAAACGCGCAGACCGCGACAGCAGCCAGUCGACGCAGGACCGACAUGGACAAGCAACAGGAAGCCGCGGUCGCAGCAGCCGGUACAGCGUCGGAAGACAGCAUCAGCAUGAAAACGGAAUAUCCCACGCACGAGGUGUACGUCUCCGAACCACCACCGGCAUACAAACUCAAAACUCGACCGACUGCUGUUCAAAUAGCGAGAAUAGCAGCAUUCACUGUGAUCGCGUGCUCAUUCAUACUUGGAUCAUUCAUGCUGGCUGCCGCUUGGUUACAGGCGAACGCGUCCUGCUCACAGUUAAUGCACGCCGAAGCACUCCUCAGACAGAGUGAAGAAGCUGUAGACCGUCCACAGUAUCAGGCACUGGUCGACCCUUUGCAAUCGGACGAGACAUCUGAUUCGAAGCAAGAAGAGCUUCCCGUGCACCAACAAUCAACCAGGAACGUCGACAGUCCGACCACCGGUAAUAAUGAUCAACAACCGGCUGCGCCAGUUCAAAUCAAGUUGCCAUUGGAAUUAGAUUUCGACGAAAUCGUUGGGGCUUUACUCGAGAAAAAUCAACGUUCGCGGAUGAACUGUGUGAUCGAGAAGAAACGCGCUGAGGAAGUCAUGGACCACCAACCGAAAACGUUGCGUCUGCCAUUCGGCGUGAACAUUACCACUGAUCCUCGUUUUGAGCACGUUACGGGUGAACGAUUAAGCAUCGUUUGCGAGAGUGGACACGACGAGAGACGAGCUCCAAGUCCGGUGGAACAAAUGCAACAACAGCCAUCAAUGAUGAUGCCGAUGCCAAUGGGCGCUAAUCCGAUGACCCAUUUACCGAGUAUGAUGGGACCACCUCCACCACCCCAUCAUAUGCCACAUCCUCACCACCAUCAAGCUCAAAGCGGACCAAUCCCGUUGGCCUUGAUUGCCAGAAUCAACGCCGACAUUGACAAUCAGCUCCAAAUGCAAGAGCAACAGCAGAUCGAAGAGCAUAUCAUUCCCAUCUUCCAACAGCUGUUACCCGAACUGAGACCAGCGUCCGAUAACCACCACGAACAUCAACAACAUCAUAAACAAGAAGCUGAGGACAGAGCCAUGCCCAACAAAGUUCUAUAUCACCCAGCGAUGGCCGAAGGAAGAUCCAUGUACACCGUUGCUAUAUCCGACAAACCAAGCGGAGACGGUCCGAUGAUGCACCAAGCUAUGCCGUCCGAAUCUGUCCGCCAGAAUGGGCCCAUGUUCCAAAGGGUUCCUAUUCACGUGCCUAUGUCCAUGAUGAUGCCACCCGGUGCCGGACAAUCUAUCCAACAAGAUUCAAUCGACGAACCCAAACCAGAUCUUCGUCCACACUUUGUUCACCCACGUUCAGUUGAGUCAGUUCAUGAGAUCAACCAAAAUGAAGAUAUAGAUUCAAGAAAAUGAAUUUUUCAAUUUGGCAUAAAUUUAAUUUUACAUUAAAAAAAGAGUAGAUCUUUUGUUAAUGUCGGUAGAUUCUUAAAAUAAGCCCAAAUUGACAUUAGGAUUACAAGAAUCAAAUAACAAUUAAGCUUAAAGAAUUUUUAUGGAUAUUUGAUAUCAAGAAAACAGUGUAUUUGGUAUACAUACAAUAUAUAUUUGAUCUUUGUUUAAAACAUAGUAUUUUUAAGUUUUGUUAAUGUUAAUUGUGAUAGAUUAAUAGAUUAUUAUAACAUUUAUAGUUUUGCUUUCAAAUAAAAUCUAUAUUACAUUUUGUUAAAAUA